UUAACAAGUGCAGGGAUUCCUCUACACACCAAGUCUUUCCUCUCAGUUGAUUAGUUUCAUGCAUGCUGAAACUAACCUAUCGUGAGGACAGUGGGGUUUUCACGGAUUAAAGUUUGCCCUGGAUGUCGUAAAUAAACGCUGGGUGUCAAGAUGGAAAUGUCUAAUUUCACACUUUUUGAUCCGCGAUGCAGGCAAGAGGCUCCGUUUUCUAUUGAUGUUAUUAUGCAGCUGGAUAUCUUUGGCAUUAUCCUCUUCUCUGUGCUGACAUUAAUGGCCACAGUGUCCAUGCUGGUUUUCAUUGAAGAAUGCAUCUACAUCUAUAAGAAAGUACCCCCAAAUAAGAAAAGUAUCAUUAUCUGGGUAACCGGAGCAGCACCGGUCAUUGCUACCAUGUCUUGUUUGGGCAUGUGGAUUCCAAGGGCUACAAUGUUCACUGAUAUGACAUCAGCCACAUACUUUGCAAUUGUGGUCUUCAAAUUCCUGAUUCUCAUGAUUGAAGAGGUAGGAGGAGACAAUGCAUUUCUCGGGCGCUCAGAGAAUAAGUCGUUUAAGAUCAGCACAGGACCUUGCUGCUGCUGUUGUCCGUGUUUGCCAAACGUCCCCAUCACAAAACGAUCUCUGUUCAUACUGAAACUGGGGUCCUACCAGUUUGCGCUGAUGAAAGUGGUCUUAACCAUCCUUUCUAUAGUCCUCUGGUCGAAUGGCGACUUCAUCGUAGGUGAUGCUUCAGCCAAUGGAGCAUCCUUAUGGAUUAACUGCUUUGUAGGCGUUCUCACUAUUAUCGCUCUUUGGCCUGUUGCGAUUAUGUUCAUGCAUGUGCGAGAGGCAUUGCGCACCCUUAAAAUGGUCCCUAAAUAUGCCAUGUAUCAGUUGGUGUUGAUUCUCAGCCAGCUGCAAACCGCAAUCAUCAACAUACUAGCUUUGAAUGGGACUAUUGCCUGUGCGCCGCCCUACACGUCCCAGGCCCGUGGAAACAUGAUGAGCCAGCAGCUAUUGAUUGUGGAGAUGUUCAUCAUCACGCUAGUGACCCGCGUUUUAUAUAGACGGCAGUAUGACCCCAUACCAGAUCUGGACGAUGAUGUUGAGGAGACAAAGACUGUCCUCACCUCAAGGAAAGCCGUAGAAAUUGCCUGAAAAGAACAGACUGUUGCGUGUGGUUGCGAUUUUAUGUUUGUGCAGUUGGCUCGUUGAAAAAAAAAAUGUAACAACGAUGGUCAUUUACUAUGUAUUUUCUAUAUGUAUGUACAUGCGAGUAUCUAAAAUUUUGCCAGAUCUGUUUUUUUUUUUUUUUUUACUGACGUUAUUGCAAGUUUUUUAGUUAUAGAAUUUGACCGUAGAGUCAACCAUGGCUUAGAAGGCCCUGAUUGCUAUUGAUGUUUACACUUUGUAUAGGGUGCGUCAGUCCGGGGAAUCAGGACCUCAAAGCUUCAGUUGAUUUAGUGAGUCAUGGUGCACAUUCCUGAUUAAGUGAGAUAAAGUCACUUCUAUGGCUCUGUAGUAGGGUACAUAAAAGUCUUUUGGAACUGCAUAAAGGUCAGGAUUCAUUUGUGUUGAUAUAUAACGUUGAUAUAUUACCCUUUGUACUAUAAAAUCUGUCACUUUCUACUGUUGAAUACAGAUUUUUCCAGUAA